AUGCUUGGCGCAUCAACAGUCCUCUCUCAAACGACCGCCGGGGUCGUCCACAAACGCGACAGCAAUGCAUUCGUAGUACCAUCAUUCACAAAAUCAUCUCGGUUGUCUCGGCAAACGUCCAUUCUUGCGUCGUCGUCGUCGUCUUCCUCUCACGGGGAAAACAACGACGAGAACGAGAAACUUCGCGUUCCAUCGAACCUUUUCCCCGGGUUCCCAUCCCCGGAAAAGAAAGCCGCCUCAUCUUUGGUCACGCUAAUGACGAUGGCGGCGUGUCGCGUUGUUUUAGAUCAGUGGUGCGGGUCCAGGCAUCGAUCGCCAAUGUACAACAAACUCAUCGAUUACAUGCAAAAAGGUGCCCCACAUACCAAAGGACAGCCCAGACCGAUACUAGACGGCAACGCAUGGCUGCACGAGCUCAUGCGACACCCGGAGCUCGAUUUCCGCCUCGCCGCGGUACGAAUUCUCGAAACGAGGAAACUGUUAGUCGAUACGGAGUUUAACUGGGACGCGAUGAACGCGAACGCGAGGGAAGGAAUAGUCGCGGAGAGCGUCGCUUUGAACAAGUUAUAUUUGAGUCAACUGGCGGAGUGUACCGAGAGCGAGGAGUUUUGCGACGCGGAGGAUGUACUCAAAGACGACAAAAGAAACGACGACGAUUCGGAGGGAGGGUGA